AUGUCAGCAAGAGCAGAAAUCGCAUCAGACGAGACACAUAUUCAGGAAGACACUAUUGUGGAUGAGGUCAAACAAGAAAAGGAAGAAGAAAACGCUGCCAUCCAAGAAGCAACGACAACUGGAGGUGACAACGUUAUAACCGAACGACAACUCCAGCAAGACGUAGCCAAAUAUCUCGCAAAAGACGAUACAACUCACACAGAAACAGUCACUGAUAACCAUGAAGGCGAUAUCAACAGGGAUGCUCCAGACAGUAUUGUUAAGGUAGCAGACGAUACUGGUGAUAAGAAGAUAGUGCCUCAAAAAGAUCAUCGCGACGAUGUUCUAAAACCAGACAUCGACGAAACAUCACCCCAAAAACACGCCACAGAAUGUCUUGGAAAAGACGCAAACGAACCUGUUGUUGAAGACAAACACUCCCAAGAUGAGAAAACCGUCAGUGAUGUUCAGAAGGAAGCAGAGAUUCUUGUUUCCCAUAAAACAGAGAAAGACGGCAAGAUCAUACAAGAAAUUCCCGAGAUAAAGGCAGAUAAGGUCUCAGAUGAAGUACCACCUCAGCAAAAAGAAGAUGGUGUUGAAGAAGACCCAAAGAAGGAAGCACCAGAAAAAGACGAAACAACCCCUCAGCCAGGGGAGCAGAACGCUGCAAUAGCGUUUGACGAAACUGCACCACCAAAAGAGGCAGCUAACAACGUGGUAACCAUGGUGGAUAGUGUAGUCGAGGAAAUUACUAAAACAGCCAUUCAAGAAGCUGGCAAAGAUGUCGGAAAAACAAGUCCUCAACAAAGGACAGCGGAAAGCGCUGCUGUGGAUGACAUGGAGAAGACAACCAAAAACAAACUCACUGAAGCAUCAGCUAAGCCAGACGUAGGUAAGAAGGCUCUUCUGGAGGAAUUUAACAAAACGGACGUGGACAAAGUCAUAGCAGGAGACACAGCUAAACAGCCUUCACAAGAGCCAGUGGAUAGUAUCGCUCAAGACAAUCUAAUGGUCGAAAUCCAAACCACAUCUCAAGAAGCGAAGGCCGACGUAUCACCAAAUGAAGCAGAAUCCGAGAAAGAAAAGGCUGGUGAGGAUGUCGUAGAUAAGUCAAAGAAGUCAGUCACAGAGGUUGCUCUUUUUGAAGUAGAGACCAUACCUGAGAAAAGAAAAGAAGAGGAGGCAAUAAUUGAUGCUGGGAGGGCAACCACAAUCAAGUUGGACGCAACGACCAGUGUCCCUGGUACGACAGAACCAGAAGAAACAAGUAAUGCACCAGACAAAACUACAACUGAAACAGAACGACGGAAAGAGGAUAUUGUUGUCCCAGACAACAUACAUAACGAAGAAGCUCUUCCAGAAGAUGCAGUAAGCAACAUUGGAAAAGGAACGGAGACGCCUCCAGACGAAGCGACAUAUGACAAGAAAACGACGAAGGACGACGCAAACAACGAGAUACCUCCAGGGGAUAGUAAACAUGAGCCACUGCUGCCAAAAGUGACAAAAAAGGAACAAGAUCUGAAAGAUACCAAAGAAAGAGAAUCUAAGAAAGAAGACACUGAGGUAUUGGUGACUGGGCAUGCUGAUGGCAAGGUGAAACUGUCAACAGAAAAACAGAAGAAACCAGCGACUCAAGCUACACUAGCAUUAACAGUAGACACGAAAAAUGAGAAGGAACAGAAGCCUACACCUAAGGCGGAGGAGAGCCCUACACCUAACGUAGAGGAGGAGAAGGAGGAGAAACCUACACCUGAGGUAGAGGAGAAGCCUACACUAAAGGAGGAGGAGAAGCCUUCACCUAUAAUAGAAGAGAAGCCUACACCUAAGGAGGAGGAGAGGCCUACGCCUAAAGUCGCGGAGAAGCCUACACCUAAAGUGGAGGAGAAACCUACACCUAAGGAGGUGGAGAAGCCUGCAUCUAAGGAGGAGGAAGAAAAGAGUGCACGUAAGGAGGAGGAGAAGCCUACACCUAUGGAGGAGGAGACUCUUACACCUAAGAAGGAGACGCCUACACCUAAGGUGGAAGAGAAGCCUACGCCUGAGGUGGAAGAGAAGCCUACACCUAAGGAGGAGGAGAAGUCUACACCUAAAGUGGAGGAGAAGCCUACAUCAAAGGAGGAGGAGAAGCCUACACCUAAAGUGGAGGAGAAGCCUACACCUGAUGAGAAGAAGCCUACGCCUAAAGUGGAGGAGAAGCCUGCAUCUACACAGCAGGAGAAGCCUACACCUAAAGCGGAGGAGAAGCCUACACCUAAGGAGGUGGAGAAGCCUGCAUCUAAGGAGGAGGAAGAAAAGAGUGCACCUAAGGAGGAGGAGAAGCCUACGCCUAAGGUGGAGGAGAAGCCUACACCUAAAGUGGAGGAGAAGUCUGCACCUAAGGAGGAGGAGAAGCCUGCACCUAAGGUGGAGGAGAAGCCUACACCAAAGGCGGAGAAGCUUACACCUAAAGUGGAGGAGAAGCCUACACCUAAGGAGGAGGAGAUGCCUACACCUACGGAGGAGGAGAAGCCUACACCAAAGGCGGAGGAGAAGCCUGCACCUAAGGUGGAGGAGAAGCCUACACCUAAGGAGGAGAAACCUACACCUAAGGAGGAGAAGCCUACACCUAAGGAAGAGAAAAAGCCUACACCUAGGGAGGAGAAGCCUGCACCUAAGGAAGAGGAGAUGCCUACACCUAAGGAGGAGAAGCCUACACCUAAGGAAGAGGAGAAGCCUACACCUAAGGAGGAGACGCAUACACCCAAGGAGAAGCCUACACCUAAGGAGGAGAAGCCUACACCUAAGGAAGAUGAAAAGCCUACACCUAAGGAGGAGAAGCCUACACCUAAGGAGGAGGAGAGGCCUACACCUAAGGAGGAGAAGCCUGCGCCUAAGGAGAAGAUUGCCACUGAAAUAGUGCAGAAGCCUACACCUAGGGUGGAAGAGGAGAAGCCUACACCUAACGAGGAGAAACCUGCACCUAAAGUAGUGAAGGCUACACCUAUCACUAAAACAGUGCAGAAAGCUACACCUAAGGUGAAGGAGAAACCUACACCUAAGGUGAAGGAGAAACCUACACCUAAGGUGGAGGAGACGCCUACAACUGAAAAAGUGGAAAAGCCUAAUUCUGAAAAACUGUCGACAGAGAAACCAAAGACUCCAGCUACACCAGAAUCUACAGAUGAUACGAAGACGAGAGAAGGCCCAAUGUCGCGACUUGCCUUCUGGAAGAAAAGGAAAGAGGAGAAGCCUACACCCAAGAAGGAGGAGGAGCCCACAACUGAGAAGAAGUCUGAACCUAAGAUAGAACAGUCUACAACUGAAGAGCCUACGACUGAGAAGAGUGAAGCGAAAAGAAGCGAUGACGACACAAAGCCGCAAGGUUUUCUGGAAUUACUGCGAUGCUGCCGGUGUUUCUAACUUUACGAAGAGGAGAAUCAGG